AACAAGUACCGAGUUGGCAAAGGACGCGUGGCUGUGUGCGAACUACAAUGUCAAGGCAAUGAGAACAACAUCUAUGAGUGCAUCCACCGUGACCUUAACUUGCCACCUCAUUGGUGUCGCCAAGGCCAAAACCGAGGAGACCUCGGUGUGGUCUGUGAGGGACUGAACCAUAGAGAGAACGUCUAUUGGAAGACAAUAGACAUCCGUACGACCGAUGCAGCUAUGAAGUCCACACUGCAAAACGUGGAUAUCCUCUACGCCGGAGGAGCGAAUCCAGAUGCAGAAAGAGCCGCCAUUAUCAGCUCAUCAGUUGCCCCUCUGUUGCGCAACGUCAACAUCAAGUACUCUGGAGACGCAGCGAUAAGAAUCGAGAACUCAAAGAGCCCUUUUCAAAUUAAGAAUUGUGACAUCUCAGAGAAUGUCGGAAUCGGGCUGAUGAUUAAGAACCCUUCAGCAGACGUGACCAUUGUCUCCAGCAGCUUCAGUAAGAAUUUUCCAGCCGGGAUGCAGGUGACAGGAGGACAUAACAACUCGAACCUCCAGAUCACUGACAGCACGUUUGAACAGAACAGCGGUGCCGGUCUGAUGCUGUCUGACGUCCCGAUGAACGUGGACAUACGUCAGUCUAACUUCAGUACAAACUCCCAUCACGGACUCAGUGUGUUCACCACAACCCAAGUCAGCCUUGUGACUGACGGCUGUCACUUUGACCACAACGGUCUGGACGGUUUCCAUGCUCGAUAUCUCGGAGUGUCUGGUAACAGAAGUCACACAGUCUUGCACAAUGGCGUGGCAGAAGGUAACGAUGGAGAUGGAUUCAACCUAGACAUAGAAUACCAGGAGAACCAGAAUAUCACAUCACCAACAAUCUCCGACCAGAUCACCAUAGACCAAUCCAUCUUCACCUCUAAUAAGAACGGCUCGGUCAAAAUAACCGUUGAAAACUCUUACGAAGAUCGCUUUCCGGUCGUCCAACUCAGUGGCGGAGUCCAACGAGACAACAUGGCGACAAUUAUCGAAGUCGGCGGGACGCGUGCGGAGGUUACAGUACAAGACGUUGAGUUUGACUCCAGUCAAUGUGGCAGUAAGUCGGUCAUCCAUGUACAUGGGUACGACAAGACCGUGAACAUAACAGGAAACAGGUUUGUUCGCAAUGUCUGCCGACGGGUGGUGCUAUUCAACACAACUGAUGUGUCUGCUGACGCCCAUCCCCUUGUUGUGGUGGGCAGCAUUUUCGAAAACAAUGAGUAUGAACCAGAAUCGUUGGCACACAUCUCUGAUCCUCUAAAUGAGUACUGCACCAUCGAGAUUGUAGGAUCUGGAGAAGAGCACACAAUCACCCAGAAUUCGUUCCUAAAUAGUCCAGCUGGUUUGGAGCUUUGCACCAGUGACGAUUUUCAUCGAUUGGCUGAAACUCAGAUCAGGGCAGAAAGCAAUUGGUGGGGAACUACAGAUAUUGAUUCAAUAAAAGAGAAGAUAUUCGACAACAAUGAUUGGACUAGUGGAGGCCCGGUCAAGUUUUCCCCGUACCUAAGCUCCCCAUCUGGUGACCCUAUAGACACUAUAGGCACAGAAAACAUGACAGCCUCCUCGUUAGGCGGUCGUCUGAAUGGAACCUUGCGGCUAACCAUCUCCGAUAGCCCCGUCACCCUGACACGGGACCUCACGAUCUUACCGGACUCUGUUCUCAUUGUUGACGCAGGAGUUGAGUUCCGUGUACAGGAACGUGUUGGCAUCCUCAAUCUUGGGAAACUGCAUGGGAUAUACAUGGAUAGCAUUUCUGGCACAGUAAACAUGAGUGGUAUUGUAUCUCAUUCCAACAAUGGCGUUGGGAUUGGUAUUUAUUAUACUCUUAACGGCACGGUUGAUAUGAAUAAUGUCAUAUCCUAUUCCGACGACGGCCAUGGAAUCUACCUAGAGAGAAUAGAAGAAAGAGCCUUGCUCACUGAUGUAGUCGCUUUAGGCAAUGGAGCCAACGGAGCAGGAAUAAACAUUUACCACUAUGGACAACACGCCAAGUACAUCAUGGUGAAUGUCACAUGUCAGGACAGCCAAGGAAAGGGUCUGAGCAUAAAUGUAUACUCUGAAGCAAGAGUGGAGAUACAUAACAGUCGUGUGCAAGGAAAUGACCAAGGAGGGAUCGUUGCACACUUCGAAAAUACUCAGUCUAGCCUGUUUUCUGCACUUAUCCUACACAACAGUGAGAUUACCAGUAACUCAAAAUUCGCCCUGCACGUGACGGGUAAAGAGACAUCACUUGACAUUGCUAAUAGCACAAUCUCCUAUAACAGCUGUCCGUAUCAACCAGCUGUUGGAUUUGAAGGAGAAACGAAUGAUGUCAAUGUUACAAACAAUCUCUUUGUCGGUAACAAUGCGCGAGAAACAUUGUCAAUUCUGUUCGAAGAUAACUUACAGGAGAACAUUAUCUUCCAUAUGGUUGGUAACGUGUUCCGUGACAAUAUUUACGACACUUCCCAAACUGACGGCAAUGCUCAGUACGGCCAGCACCCAGAUCUUGCGUCAUGUACCGUUGAGAUCGGAGGCUACAAGUCCUACUAUUAUCUAAGGCACAACAUGCUGGACAACCCAGACAUGAACUACACCAUGUGCAGUAGGGUCUCCACAACUUCUCCUGAUUGGAUGAUUGACGCCAGGUAUAACUGGUGGGGUACUGCGGCUGAAACAGAGAUUCAAGAAAAAAUUCAUGACUUUGACGACUGGAACGACCGCGCGGCUGUGGAAUACUUCCCAUACCUGACAGGACCUGACUUAUCCUCUCCACCUGCUGACUCUUCCAGCCGAGAUGUUACCAUGGCAACUGACAACAUCGGGGGGAGGCUGUAUCAUUCACUCCAUCUUCAAAAGGAUGGAGGUCCUUACACCUUUAAAGCAGAUUUAACUGUGUUAAAAAACGCAUCGCUUACCAUAGACCCGGGGUCUACUAUCAAGAUACACCCAUGUCUUGGUCUGUUGAAUCUAGGUUCCCUUGUUGCCCAUGGAACACGCACAGAGCCUAUCAAUUUUGAGCUUACGGAUGUACCCGUUCACCAACCCCAGGUCCGGCUGGUGGGAGGGCGGUUCCCUUGGGAAGGUCGUGUGGAGGUGUUCUAUAAUGGAGAAUGGGGGACUGUAUGUGGGAAGCAGCCCUGGGACCCACAAGAUGCAAAUGUUGUCUGUCGUGAGCUAGGAUACGGCCCAUCUACAGUGUAUAGCACGUACUCUUUUGGACGAGGAUCGGGACCUAUAUGGAUUGGCUAUUACAACAGUCGGCCAGACUGCACGGGGAAUGAGAUGAGUAUAUUCAACUGUCUUCGUGGCCCACCCGGUAAUGUGUACUCGGGUUGCACGCACCGUUACGAUGUUGGAAUAAGAUGCAAGAUGAACACUCAUGUAUCACCUAGGCCAACAUGUCGAAUGAAAAAAUGGGGAGGGAUCACAUCUAAAUAUGCAACCACGGAGGUCCUUACAAACUUGAAGUUCAGCAACACAGGCAACCUGCACGGGCGUUCACACGCAGCCAUAUCUAUUGAGGACAAGCAGGGCACUACAAACAUUUCUCACAUUGAAAUCUCUGAGUGCGUGGGUACUGGAAUACAACUACUAGGAGGCAAAACGACACAAAGUGUUAAAAAUGUGAAUAUCUCAGGUUGUAAUGGAUAUGCAGGUGUUUCUCUCACUGGCAGAAAGUCUAGAGUUUUGUUGUCAACAAAUAUACGUAUCACCGACAGUAUCUUUACAGCAGGGUCAUUUGAACUCACACCGCACACUCGGAGUAUUACAAACUGUUUGGCUAAUCCUGAAUCGAUCAUGAGGCUCUGUGCCGAGGAGCCUGAUCAGCAGCUUAACAAUGACAUGUGUUUUGUUCAGACAGGACGGACGGGCUCAACAUGUUAUAAACAUCUAUACGCAGGUGUGGGUUUCACGGUUGAACUCACGGUCUCAUUCGUUCAGUUUCAGUCCUACUCUUCGAGAUUACGGGUCUUUGCCGACAGAAGCCAAAGUCAACAGAUUGGACAGAUUACUCGAUCGGAUAACGGCAAAACGUACAUCCGGUUUGUCUCACAGACAAUGAUGAGUCUUCAGUACAUAGGUUACUACUGGGAUAACAACGAGAUAUUCGGAGAGGUCAGUUUCUAUAAUGAGACAGAUGUUGCAGAUCCAACUAAGUACAUCAUCGAGAACAGCAUGGUGGAUAACACCAAAGGCACAGUUAUCAACGUCACUGCGGCAAAUGGCGCAAUCUUUGAUAUCCAACGUAACGUGUUCUUGCAUAAUCAACCCCAUACUGAUGACAACGACCAAGCUGUGAUCAGAAGUGUUCUAAUUGACUCCUAUAUUAGCGUCAGGAACAACUACAUGGCUAACAACUUGAUAACAAGCCUAUCUAUCGACUUGACAAACCAGAAACGUGGAAACAUAACGGUUCUGGACAACCUUUUCUUCAGAAACACCGCCAAGACUACCAUAAUUGUGACAGGAGCCAGCUCAAGUUCGACACAACAACCCGUAUUGAUAGACAACAACGUCUUCUCAAGCAAUGAUGUCGGUUCCAAUGAAAAUGUGGUAAAGUUCGAGAAUGUCGAUGGACAACUGAGCAACAACAUUUUCUCUAACAACUUGGGGCAACACGUUGUAACCUGGGAAGGACGAAGUAGAACAAAUAGUCUGCAGAGAUGUGAGAACAAUCUGUUCUACGACAACAUCGCACUGACUCCAGGGGAGAAGUACACCUUGGUUGUCUCGGGCCGAGAUGUCCAACUGCACGGGAACGUCCUCACCAACCCGGCGAACGACGCUGAGCUGGCAACGUCGGACAGAACCAGGUAUUAUCCCGUAAAUGCUACCCUUAACUGGUGGGGAUUCAACUCUACAUCUGACAUAUCCUCAAGAAUCAGAGACAAAAGCGAUAGAGGGUACUGGGCAGAGGCACACUUUCAACCAUGGAUACAGGAGGAACCAACUGACGGUCCCUGCGGUUUGGGAUGGACCUACAGCCAGACGUUCAGCACCUGUUACAGGUACAUGGGCGGAGCACAGUCUUGGGACGGCGCUGUACAGUCCUGCAAGGCUCAGUAUUCUGUACUAUCCAAGAGGUUUGCUGGUCCCGAAAAGAACUUCAUCGACAGCUUGUUGAUCGCACGAAAAGUAGACUUCGUACCAGAUGUACCUGUUUGGAUGGACAACGAAAUGCAGGAAAAUGCAACGGUGAACUGUAAAGUAUAUCUUCGGGACUCCCAAGAAGCUGUUCAGGGUGUAUCGUGUAACUCAUUCUUCCCAUACAUCUGCAAGAGACCUGUUGCUGAUGACUGCCCGAACUCUUGCUCUCAUCACGGACGUUGUGAAGGAGAAACCUGCAUCUGCGGGCGAGGCUGGGAGGGAGAGGACUGUUCUAAAUUCACCUGUAACGACAGGAAUAGCUGUGGAGAGUUUGGCACCUGCGUAGGACCGAAUAUCUGCAGGUGCCGAAAUGGAUGGCAGGAUGAAGGCUACUGCAAAGUGUGGAAUGAAGAUCAAUGCCCAAAGGGCUUCAUCCACCCACUGUACAACGACACCACGCGUAUUGAGAAGAUUCUCAUCGGCCAUAACGUCGAGUACGUCCCGCUGGAAGACAACAUCCUGUACCGGUGUCCUGUCCGCUUCUCCAGCUGGGGAGCCACCAUGUUUGUGAAUGAAGGGGACCUGGACAUUCGGAUCGGUCAGGUGCUGUCCAGUCCUCAGGCAAACGGUGUACUACACAAGGUGGAACAAGUAAUAAAGACAGACAGUUACACCGUGAUAGUGGCGCACCCUGCUACUCUGGAGGACAUGCUGGAUUACAGUGACUUCAGCCAGGAGGUUCAGCUGGAGAUGGCUGUGGACAUGAAGAAGAACGAGGGAGCUCCUGAACUGUCUGAGGUGGAAAGGGUGCUGAGUGGCAAUGGGACGCUUGAUGGGAAAACUGUUUGUGUCAUCACGGAAGAUGCCCCUGUCUACAAGUGUAUUGGAUCCCGGGCUAUGAAUGAAGGAGAAGGUAGCUACCAUCUGCUGACGAGAGAUCUCCCUGUCAACCUGUCAGUUGGUGACAUCAUUGUUAGUAACCAUAGCAACGGGAUAUUGGAGCAGGUUACCCAACAGACAUCAACCCCGCUUGGUGUCUUCAUACAAACUGAGCUGCAGGACUGCUUCACAACUUUUAACUUCCGUGAGGAACUGAUGAGGAAGGACGGGGUGACCCUUCCUGCUUCCCUGCCGUGUUCGGGCGGACCGGAGGGCGCACACGGGCUGCUCAUCGUGGACUCUGCGGGAAGAGAAGUGGACCUGGAGACUGGCGACGUGGUGGUGGGGAGAAGGAGUGGCAGGCUGCUGGCAAAAGUACUAAAGAUCACCCCAGUGGAUGAGUACACAUUAGUAGAGGUGGAGCCUAUCCUGAGCAGGUCCACCAUGACAACGCCAUCAAGAAGACGACGACGGGAGGAUGUUACCGCGUCUCCAGCUAAGUAUUCUUUGGACAUCGUCAUCAAGGACCAAUUCUCGGACUCCACCGAUAGUUACAAUAUCGAACUAUCUACAAGUGGGCGGCUCUCAGCUGAUAUCAAGCUCUCGCUUGCAGUUUCGACGUCAGAGUUUAAAACACCAACGCUUAAAAAGGUCGGAGCUUUCUUCAUCGGUGGAAAACUACAAGUGGGACUGGAAGGUUCUUUAGACGUUUUGAAGAGGACAUGGACCCAGGGCAGUUUCCGGACGGAGCUGGCUCCUAUCUAUGUGUCCCUGUGUGUAGGCACACAACUGUGUAUACCGGCCAAAAUAUGGGCACACAUCGACACAGAGUAUAAAAUCUCUGCUGAGGGUCCAGGCAGUAUACAGAUGUCAUCUACCGUGACCAAACCUGACAUUGACGGCGGAGGUAGCUGGAAACCUCAAGAAGGAAGUCAAAUGUUCGAGUUUGACCAGAAUAAAGAAUCUGGCAGUGCAAAAAUUGGGAUAUCGUCCUACUCGGGAGCAGCAAUCGAAAGUGAUCAUCUCAUCAUGCUGGAGCUAAAAGUCAAACCAAGAUUUUUCAUCGAGUUUCCCACAUCUGGAGAAAAUGAAGUCAAUGAUUGGACCAGCCCUCUAGGUACGCCAGUUUCUAUACAUGUUAUGGCGCAGGACACUUUUGGAUACACUAUCACCACCUCCAUUCAGUCCCAAGCACUCCUGCGUGUAUCAGCCCAGUCCUGUUCUACUGAGUGCCCGUAUUCAGACAGACCACAAUACGUCGGCGUCACGUCAUCAAUGGACUAUCUUAAAGGAGCGUUGAAGGUUACAGUUGGAAACGACGAGUAUUAUCAGGAACAACUAUGGAGACGUGAAGAGUGGAUGGAGUCUGACAGCUGUCCUGACUGUGAGAAUGACGAGGAACCAGAGUGGCAAGACUGUGCCUGUAAGUGUCCACAGAAGACAGAGUGCGGGAUCCCGCCUACAUGUGUGGUGGGGAGGAUGGGGCCGGACUGUAGACAGCCAGACUGCAGGCCAUGCCAAGGAAAACCAUACGACUACCAUGGAAUUGGUGAGUUCUGGGACUGUAAGAGCGUCUCCAAUGACUUUGGCGUUCAAACCCGGAUGUACGCGUAUAAAGGUGCUUCUCUGAUUGGUGGAGUUGCAGUGAAGGCUGGGCACAGCGUUAUCACUCUGAUGACGUUACAGAAUGCAACAGAAAAGGACGUCCCAAACAUAAGGAUUGAUGGUGAACUGUGUCAACUUUCUGUCGGAGAGAAAUAUCCCAUGAACAACGGAACAAUCCAUCUCCUGGCUCAGCAACCUUCUACAAACGCUACGGAGUCAGGGGCUGUUAUCAUCGUGUCUAUCACAUUUGCAUCAGGUGCAACUGUGUCCUUUGACAUCCGGUAUUCACCAAAGAUGGGCCGACAGUUUGUGAACAUUUUGUUCAGCCCCACUGCCACGUUCAAGGGCAACACGGAGGGACUGUGUGGGCUCAUGGACGACGAUGGUGACAAUGACUUCACUGGUCCUGACGGCACUGUGUACAACGACACUUCUGUAUUUGCUGAAACUUGGCGGAUAAAUAAAACCCACUACGGCUCAGGUCUGAUGGGGUCCUGGUCAUGGAACUCUUCUAACUUCCAUCCUGAUGACGUCAUGGAUCCUGCCUAUUCUGACCCGAACCACCGUCCUUCUGUCGGCAUAGAUGGACUGACUCAGGAGCAAAAGGAAAAAGCUGAAGAAAUGUGUAUCGCUCUCGGGCUGACCGGCACACUUCUUAAUGAAUGCGUCUUUGACGUGUCAAUCACCAACGACACAACCUUCACUGAACAGGAGGUUUUCAAAGGUUGUCCAAACCAGUGCUCCGGUAGGGGUCGCUGUGUGAACGGAACCUGUGACUGUAUAACGGGCUGGUCUGGUGAAGACUGUAACGUUGGAAACUGCACAGACUGCUCCGAGGAUCACGGGAAAUGUGAGCUGGGGUUUUGUAUGUGCCUGCCCGGAUGGGAGGGAGCAGCCUGUGAUCAACAAGCGACAUGUUAUGCCGUCAAUAACUGUACCAGCAUGAGUCACGGGAUCUGCAUUACCACAGAUGUCUGCAGAUGUGAGCCGGGCUACAUCGGUGCUGACUGCAGCAAGAUCCCCACGUGCGGAAAUGUUGCUAACUGCACAGACCACGGAGUGUGUGUGGACUACGAUACCUGUUUGUGUGAUGAGCAGUGGACAGGUGACAAAUGUGACCAGUUCUCAUGUGCAGCGUUGGAUUUCUGCUCUGGGCACGGAAGCUGUGUGGACAUAGAUGUCUGCCACUGUGAGCAGGGCUGGACCGGCAGCUCCUGUGUUACACCGGACUGUCCUGAAGUUAACCAGUGUUCCCGCCAAGGAGACUGUGUUGGUCCCAACAUCUGCCAGUGUUACAGCGGGUAUCAGGGUGUGGACUGCAGUGAAGCCCAAAGCUGCCCUGAACUGCAAGAAUGCAAUGAAAACGGGGUUUGCGUCAACAGUUCUGAAUGGCAAAGGGAAUGCAACUGCUUCCCUGGGUUCAGCGGCGCAAGUUGUGAUCACCCAGACUGUACUGAACAGAAUAACUGCACUAACCACGGCAGCUGCAUAGAGCCUAACCUGUGUCAGUGUGACAGUGGGUACACCGGGAACGACUGUGCCAACUUCUCUUGUGAAGCAUUGCAGUAUUGCUCUGGCCACGGAAGCUGUGUGAGGUUUGACACAUGCAGCUGCGAUCCUGGCUGGUCAGGCGUUUCCUGUAACGUUGCAAACUGCAGCAGCAAAGGUGACUGCUCCGGCCAAGGUACGUGUGUCGCCCCAAACAGGUGUGCAUGCUUCCCUGGGUUCCAAGGAAAGGACUGCAGUGAAGAGAACCUACCCAAUGAGCAUCCCCCAGUCUUCCAGAAGGAGAGAUAUGAUGCCACAAUCCCCGAAAACCAGCCCGUUGGCUCACCUAUUCUUACAGUUUUCGCAAACGAUACUGACAGUGGACGUAACGGUGAGGUCAGGUACAGGCUUGCCCAAACAGGUUUGGACAGUGAAAACUUUGCGGUACACCCUACUUCAGGGAUCAUAACUUCAGUCGUUGAGUUUGACUUCGAAUCGUUGGAGCUCGCGUCGUUCAGUCUCACUGUUGAAGCAUUUGAUCAAGGAGUGCCGACACUUACCGGAACAGCCACGGUAAAUAUAAACAUAACGGACCAGAAUGACAACAAACCUGUCAUCAGCAUCCCCCCUGAAACCGAGUACAAUCUUCAAUCCAUCUCCCCGAUCGGCUUUCACGUGACUACUGUCCACGCUUCUGAUGCUGACAAGUCCGAUGAUAACUCCAGAAUCACGUACGGAAUCACAAGUGUCAGUCCCUUUGUUUCCAUCGAUGCCACAAACGGUAGUGUUACCGUCAGCAGUGCCUUGGAAAGUGGAACGUACGUAUUGAGAGUCAGGGCGUCAGAUCACGGUUUACCACCGAAAACAGACGAAGUCACUUUCCGUAUGAUCGUGACCAAAGUAAGCACAAACUCAGCUCCGAAGUGUCCGGAAGAUGAAAGUAUUGAGGUUACUUCUGGCAAUCUUACAAAAGGGACAAAAUUCGCGACUAUAGAAGCAGAUGAUGCCGACAACGGUCCAAACGGUGACGUUUCCUACAGUUUUAAGUCCCUAACAGGAGAACUGGCAAGUCUGUUCGGCAUUGACCCGUCCACUGGUCGGAUUUACGUUGCGACUGAAGUACCACAGAUUAACAACACUUUCUCAGCGGUUUCAAUGAUAGUUGAGGCCAGAGACAACGCUGUAGAUUCAUUGUCCUGUGAAACAAAAGUCGUUGUUAUAAUAACUAAUGAUAACCGGAUUUCAACUGAAAAAGCAUCUACAACUAAAGUGGAUGAAAGCACGAUCCGUUUGGUCAGGUCUACCGCCGAGUUUACAACAGGCCCAGGCAUUACAACUCGGGAAUCAAAUAGUUCUACAGCUCACCCUACAACAACAGAAAGGGCGACAACAACCAAAGGGUAUGAAACAAGCACUGCACCGACAGCAACUACAGAAGUACCCAUUUCAGUGGAAACACGUUUGUUCAGAGGCGUCAUAAAGAUUGAAAAUCGGGAGUGGAAGGAUGAACUGGAGGAUCAAACAUCUGAUGAGUUCAAGAAUUUGGCUGCAGAGGUCCAGGAAGAGCUGGAUAGUGUGUACAGGAACAGCGACCUUGGGGGCACAUAUCACUCUGUGGAGGUUACGGGCUUUUCUCGCGGAAGUGUUAGAGUGGACUUCAUGGCUCGUUUUAACUCACCCACGGCCACACCCAUUGCUAGUGAUGAUGUCCUAGCUGUGUUGGAAGGAAAGGCAAACAUUGGCGGUCUGCAAAUAGACCACACUGUCACCAGCAUCUCAGAGGUGACCGGAGAGGGGGAAAGUUAUGUAUGGUACAACAACCCUAUAUACAUCUUAGUCCUAUGUGUUGGCGCUGCAGUCAUUGUCACAAUUCUGGUAAUACUGGUGGUUUGGCGUGCUAAAAAGAUUCGUCGCAAGAUGGAUAUAGCCAGUCACAAUCAAUGGCCUUCCCAAAAUGCACAGCGCCUACUUCAACAGCGCAUACUGAUCCCACGUGCGAGGCUCUCGCGAGACUCUGCGAGACAGAUGUACCAGAACCCGGUGUACAACGUUAACGAAUGAUUAUGGAAAUGUAAAUACAUGCUCCAAGCGUCCCAAUGAAGAUGGAACCGGAUCUUUUAAUUUACAACCAAACGAAAAUCACAAAUAAUGACGAAGUGUAUGUAAAUGAUUUAGAAUUAUGGUAUUUCAGAUGAAUCGGUCGGAUAAGUGGUCGAUAUUACUUCAAAAGUGUGAAGUGCUUCUGUUGUGCUGUUUUAGCAAGUUUUACAUGUUUUAAUGGUUUAUCAAAUGCGUUUUAGUUAUAAAACUGUGGCAUGGUUUUGUUACCUUUUAUUUUGGCUGACUACUUCUAUAUAUUGUAGCUUUACGAGUGAUUUAAAAAAAAAAUCCUGCGAAUAUUUAUACCAGUUACACGUAGAUGAGGAUAUUUUCCUGGACUUUAUGUAUUGGUCCUAUCCUCCUACCACAAAGUGAUCAGUAUUAUCGGAUAGAAACCAAAUAUUCCUACCUUACGUCUCGGUGUCUAUGAGAGCUUUUGACUGAAGUUCUGCCUUAUGUUAUUUGACUGAAGUUCGCCGCUAUAUGUAGCCGAUGUAGGUGGCGCUUUUGGGGUAGGACCUUUGGGAAAAGGUUAAACAACACAUAAAAGAGGCAGAUAACGAUGGCACAGUAACAUACACCCGGUCCCAUGAACAACAGGCACAAAAACUCAAAGAGGGGGAGAAACCGACAGUGACAGACCACAUUGCCUGAAACAACUGAAUUAUAGACUAGGAGAGGGGCCAAGGACAUACAGGGAGAAAACAAUAAAAGAAUUCGAUGGAUUAAAGAAGUAGUUUGAAUAAGGAAGCUGACUCCAGUGAAGAACCGCUCAAGUCACACUUUACAAUGUACAAGCUGAGCUAUGUUUGGGACUGCAUUCUCGCCGCAAAAGCGCCACCUACAUCGGUUAAGAAGCUGUAAAAAUCUGCAUUUUUUGGAGCUGCUGGUGUCAUUUUUAUGAUGGAAUAAAACUUGACGUGAUAACUUUU